CUCUCCCCUUUCUGUCCUCUCAUCUGCAGCAUUCUCCCUCGACUCCCUCCACUCUCAUCGCUUUUGACUCCGAGUCUGUCUCUCCUCGACUUGUUCUCUUCAGCCAGCCCCUUGUUGUUGUUGUUUCUUCACCUGCCCGCUGCUCGUCUGCGUUUCCACCCGUCGUCCGCCCGCUCCACGACCGAUGAAGCUCCUUUCCCUUUCCCUGCUGGUAUGCCUGCUUGGCAUCGCACUGGUCUGCGCUGAUGAUCAGAAGCGGCGGGCUGCUAAUGCCGAUGCUCCGUCUGCGGUGGCCCGGCGUUUGCGAGGAGGGGAAGCUGGUGACACCACAGACGAAGUGACAUCCGAUGGUACGCACACACGAAGUGACAUAGAUGCCUCGCAGUCAGAGGUACGCCUUUCGUGUGUAUUUGUCUGUGUGCUUGUAAGUAGGUGGUGUGUCUGAUGCUCUUGUGACGGAGCCAGCGGCAGCAGACGAUGAGGUCGCGGCUGAUGAGUCGACGGCGGCACUUACAGGUGGGUGUGCAGACAGACAUCCCCGCCGCAACUGCACACACGUCAUAGAUUAUUUUGGCCACGUACUGUAUGUGUGUGUGGUGUGUGUGCAGAUAAAGAUGAAGAUGAGCCCAGUGGCCUGGAGGCUGUGGAGGAGUCAUCGAGUCCCACAGAGCGGAGGCUGGGCCCGGACUUCUGGGACAAGCUCAAGUACUACAAGAACAAGCUCAAGCAGAAGUGGUAUGGCUACAAGAACAAGAAGUAUGGUGGCGGUGGCUACAAGAACAAGAAGUAUGGUGGCGGUGGCUACGGCCGUGGGUAUGGCCGUGGCUACGGCGGUGGCUACGGCGGUUACUGGUAGACACACCACAACCAACACAUUGUGUGUGUGGGUGCCUUGACACAUAGUAUAGUAUAGGAUGGGUGAAUGUGUAAAGGCUCGCGCGUCUUUGUUUAAGCACGAGCACCGUAUUACGUGUAGAGAGAGGUAUGGAUGACAUCAAAUGGGUGGGCAUAGAGGGUGGCUGGUGUGUGUUUGCCUCAAGUGACUGGAGGGAUGCCAUUGGGAUGGUCCAUCCCAUCCACGUGUCUGUCGAUUGUGCAUUGCACACAUGUACAUAACAUAUCUGGUCGUUCUUUGUUAGUGAGACAAGAAGCGAGGGAGGGUGUAGUGUAGUGUGGCUGGUUCUGGCAGUAUGUUCUGUCUAAGUGCCUGUCUGUGUGUCUGCUGCUCUGCCAGAUGUGAUCGAUAUCGAUGCUGCCCGUGCAAAAGUCUUUUGACCGCAUUUUCUUGCUCCCAAGGGAUCGGCGUCGUCGUGUGAGCUCUCAAGUGCGUGUAUGUGUGUGGGGGGGGGAGCGUGUUGAUACAGACCUUGGACGAUACGCGAUAAGGCGGUACAAUAGUGCACAAUCAUGA